UCUAAUGAUACAUUCAUGAAACAUUACCAUCGAUCUAUUCAACUAUAUGAAAAGAAUCGGUCCUAAUGGUGAAUCGUGGAAUGAAUGUGGAGCCAUCUAUUUAUAUGAAGGGAUACAAAUUAUAUCAUGGAAAGGGAGGUAGACAAUUUAAGAAAUCUUUGCAUGAAAACUUGCAAUUUUUGACCCCUGAAAUGGAACAUGAUGUGGAAGACUUGAAAGCCAUUGAAUCAGUUAUUGUGCAGGGAUCUCUUGGAUCUGGUAUUGUAGAUACAAAAGUGUUAGGUAUUGUAGAUACAAAAGUGUUGGUAGAAUUGUUCUCAAUGUACGAAGAAUGGCAAGAAAAGUUGGGUGAAAUAAAAUCCAAAGAACUUUUCAUUAUAGAAUUAAGGGAUUUAGAAAGAGAUCAUGUUAUGCAUUGA